GGCGGGUGGAAAGAGAGAGAAAGAAGAAGGACAAAGAAGGAGGAACAAGCACGAGCAAAACGCUGAAAGUGGAUUUUAACUUUAAUAUAACUGAUGAGUUGUCAUUGUCUUCUAUGAGGUGGAAACAUGAAUGAGUUACAGAUGCAACACUAUAGCAGACUUUCUGACUCCAGAAGUGACAGGAAUGAAACCAAUCUCUCUGACUCCAGUGAUGACAGCGAUUCAAGCAUUGGAAUACCUCCUCAUUUCAGUCAAUUGUUAGAAGAUCAUGGAUACACCAUACAGAAAGAAAUUGGACAAAGGGCUUCGAGAAAAGUGUUUCUGGUGUAUGACGAAGAAGGAAAUCCUUAUGUAAUCAAAAAGAUUAAUUCCAAAAAUAAGAGGGAAAUCGAGAUCUUGAAAAGUUUGGAGCAUGGAUAUAUUGUUACUUAUGGGGAUGUAUUUGAAGAUGAAGAAGCAGGACUCUUUUAUGUUGUGAUGGAGUAUUGUGCUGGAGGAGAUCUUCACCAGAGGAUGCAAGCACAGAAAGAAAGAGGUUUUUUUGAAGAACAGCAGAUUCUUGACUGGUUUGUUCAGAUUUGUCUGGCUCUGCAGUAUAUUCAUAAGAGAAAUAUUAUUCACAGAGAUAUAAAGCCACAGAAUGUUUUUCUGACUGAGUAUGGUUACAUCAAUCUUGGAGAUGUUGGAUGCUCAAAAAGAUUGGAAAGAGAUUAUGAGUAUUCAGAAUCAUUAGUGGGUGCAGAGCUGUAUGUCAGUCCAGAAGUUUUGAAAAAGAAAUAUAAGUCCAAAAGUGAUAUCUGGUCAUUGGGAUGGUUGCUCCAUGAUCUCUGCAUGCUGGAUGUGUGGUCAGAUGCCAUAAAGCGUCGUUUUCAAUAUGCCAACAGUUUGACAGGAAACACCCCCAAAAUCUCGGAGAGAUACUCAGAAGAACUACGAAAAUUAAUUCAAGAAAUGCUCAGCUGUGACCCUACACAGAGACCUUCGGCUGAUGAGAUCCUAGCAAAACCAUUCCUGAACAAUGCAGUAAAGAAAAACCAGGGGAUUCCAGUGGGCCUUGAAGAAAGGCUCAAGGAAUCCUUCAAGAUCUUUGAUGAGGCCUACAAUAAGCACUAUCCAAACUUUGAGGCCUUAGUUGAAGAAUGGAGAGUAACAACAGAUACAAUAGAAGAGGUUCAUCGUAAAUGCACUAUAGGCUCUCUGACUGGUUCAGUGAUUGGAGCAGCUGGAGGAAUCACUGCAGUGGUUGGUGCAAUUUUGGCUCCUUUCACUUUUGGAGCAUCUCUGAUUGUUACUGGUAUUGGGAUUGGAGUUGGUGUAGCAGGUGGUAUAACAGGUGCUGCUUCCAGCAUUACCAAUACAGUCAAACAAAAUUCACUCCGUGAGAAUAUUCAGAGAAUUCAGCAGAACUUUACAGAUGUGACACCACUUUUCGACUCACUGAAUGCACUGAGAAGGGUACUGAAAACAGUCCAAAAAUUCAAGGAUUUUGUCAGUGACUCCUCUGGCAACAUGCAAGUGUCACACAAUGUAGACAGAAGUAGACUAGUGUGUGGCACAGAACUCAUGCAUCUAGGUCUGCUGGCAAAUGUUGGCAGAAUUGCUGCUCAAAGCGCCAGAGUAGGACGCGCAGCAGCUACAGCGGUAGCCGCAGUCACAGGAGUGUUGAGUGGAAUAUUAGUCAUUCUUGACACAUUCUUCAUAGUACAAGACUCCAUAGACAUUCACCAGAUGAGACAGGGACAAGUAAUUGAUCCAAACAAGGUCAAGUCAAGUUUACUCAAGUCCAUUGCUCAGAUGAGGAAAACACAUACAGAUCUAUGUAAUGUCUUAAAGGAAAUUAAAGAAACAAGAAAGGAACUAAUAAAGUAUAUAGAAAAGGCCAGGGCUUACAGAUAUUUAAAGAGUUCAAACAUAUAAAUAUGAUACAAAUCAGAUGCACACACUACAUCCAACUAAUUUGUCUGUGAGCUUUAGUGAAGAAAAAGGGUUUUGCUGAAAAUUAUUAAUGGUCUAUGUUGAACACGGUCAAACGACACCACUGUAAACCCAAAUUUUGAUUCAACUCAAAGAGAUCGAGUUCUUAUUACUUAAAUGUUUCUAAUUUAUUGACAUUACUUGUUAAUUCUGAGUAAGCUGAACUUUUUCAUGUCCUUUCUUAUUGUACUUUUGUUUUUACGUCCAAUCAGUAGUUUCUACUAAAAACAAAUUGAGUUUGUAUUACUUAAACAUCUGUCAUUUCUUUACAUUACUUAUGAAUUCUGAGUAAACUGUACUUUUUAAUGGCCUAUCUUAUUGUAAUUAUGUGUUUGAGUUCAAACAACUCAAUAUCAAGUUUUGCCUGUUACUAACAAGACUGGCUGCAGCCUGGCGCUUCCCGUCUCAUGCCGAGGCGUGUUCAACGGUUCAUAGGGUCAAAAACUAAAUAUGAAAUCGCUAAUUAUUUUCCAUGGAGUCAUGGGUAAGUUUGUGAUUUUUGGAUUUUAUUGUUGUGUCCCUGAUGUUAACAUAAAAUUGCAUUCUGAUGCUAACUUUUAUACAUUAUUUUAAUCAUUUAGACAUGUUUUUUGCUGUCAGUAAAUAAAAUAUAAAUAUUUUUUCCAUUCAUGUAUUAAUUGCUUGACUGAAAAUUACGAAGUACGCUUUGUGCAGAUAUCGCAGAGUCGCUGUGAGGAGUUAGUGCAUCUAA